UCUCUCACACAGCAAUAAAAUGAGAAGCCCUUGACGUUGUCUAUCUCUCUCUCAUUUCCAUUAGCCUUCUUUUGGGUUCUCUCUCUCUAUCUCCCAUAGCUGUAGAAAUUUAAUUCAGAGAGAUACUCCUCCCCUUCUCUCUCCUUCUCUCUCUCUCUCCCUCUCCCUCUAUCUAUAAAAACAAGGGAGAGAGAAAUAAAAUACUCAAUCAGAAACAGCAGAACCAAAACCAUCUGCUUUGGUUGUUAAGGAUUAAGGAUUAAGGAAGAAGAAGAAGAUGGGUUACUACUUGGUUGCUUUGGUUGUUCUUGUAGCAGUUGUGUCUGCCUCAGCCAAAACUCUACCAAUCAUGUCCUUUGAUGAAGGAUACAACAAGCUCUUUGGGGACGACAAUCUGAUGAUUCUUAAGGACGGGAAAUCCGUUCAUCUUACGUUAGACGAACGGACAGGUCCGUUGUGUUUCAGGUCUGGAUUUGUUUCUCAAGACCUUUACAUUCAUGGGUUCUUCAGUGCCUCUAUUAAGUUACCAACUGAUUAUACUGCCGGAGUUGUUGUCGCCUUUUAUAUGUCGAAUUCUGACAUGUUCCCCAAGAACCAUGACGAAAUCGAUUUCGAGUUUCUGGGGAAUAUAAGAGGGAAAGAGUGGAGGGUUCAGACCAACGUUUAUGGCAAUGGAAGCACUGAAACUGGGAGAGAAGAGAGAUACAAUCUCUGGUUUGAUCCUUCUGAGGAUUACCACCAGUACAGUAUUCUCUGGACUGACUCUCAAAUCAUAUUCUAUGUUGACAAUAUUCCCAUUAGAGUGGUUAAGAAAUCAGAGUCGAUGGGUGGUGAUUAUCCCUCGAAGCCAAUGUCAUUGUAUGCUACAAUAUGGGAUGGAUCUGGUUGGGCUACCGAUGGAGGCAAAUACAGAGUCAACUACAAGUAUGCACCAUUCAGGGCCGAGUUCUCUGACCUUGUUCUGCAUGGCUGUGCAGUUGAUCCAAUUGAACAGGUAUCAAAGAAAUGUGAUAAAACCCAAGGUUCUGAAUAUAUCCCUACCGGUGUUACCCGCCUACAAAGAAUGAGAAUGGAGAGUUUCAGGAAGAGGCAGAUGACAUACUCCUAUUGCUACGACAGAAUAAGAUACAAGGUAGCUCCACCAGAGUGUGUGAUCACUCCCCAAGAAGCUGAAAGACUCCGUGUGUUUGACCCGGUUACAUUCGGGCAUGGACACCGUCGUCAACGAAAACAUCACCACAGGAGCAGCAGCAGAGCAAGCGUAGCAGACACUUCUUCUGUUUGAGAACGAGAGGGAGGGAUGAAGCAUUCAAUUUCUCAUAUGAGCACCAUUGGCAUUCAUCAACUUUUGUGUAUAGAGAGGGAGGGGAGGAAAAAAAAAAAAGAGCAUAGAUUUUAUUGUGGGUGAAUAGAGUUUCUAUAUGGUUGCAGGGUAUGUAUAUAGUUCAUACCUUUAUUAGUUCCCAGGUUUAUCAUUCAUGCUUGUCUUUUUGGUUUUAUAAAUGGAAUCCAGUGGUGGGUUUAUGUACUUAGACACAUCAUUGGUUCAAUAAAUUUUAGCAUAUGGAAGUUUACUAGGCUUGGAUUCUCUAUUUGUCUGUUUGCAUUAUUAUUUUACUGGAAUUAUUAUCAUGGAGCAUCUUUCAUCU